UUUUUUCCAUUUUAAUAUUACAUACAAAGCAAUUGUUUUAACCAUAUGUCCCAAAUUAAAUUCAUUGAAUUGAUGUACCCACAUUUUCCUUCGCAUAAACUGCACUGUAAUAAUUCUAAACCCCUUCUCUGCAUCACCGUCAACUAUUUCUCUCUUGCAGAUCGGUUAGACCCGAAACCCUGCUAUUGCCACUGCGCUAGCUAGGGUUUCAUUUCACCUUCUCCGAACAAUCUCGCUCCCGCAUGCUCAACUGAAACCAAUCGCAUCACUCAGCAAUUCGGUGGAGCUAAUUCCCCAGCAGAUGAUAUGAAACCGUGCUCGCGGACCAAGCCUCUUCUUCUGCUCUUUCUGCUGCUUCUCCACCAUCACGCCGCCGUCGCUCUCUCCGAUGCUUCCAAAAGCAAAAACAACUUCCGCGAGCGCGAAGCCUCCGAUGACUCACUUGGAUACCCUGAAAUAGAUGAGGAUGCUCUUGUGAAUUCGAAGUGUCCUAAGAAUUUGGAGCUCAGGUGGCAAACUGAAGUUAGUUCAAGCAUCUAUGCAAAUCCCUUGAUUGCUGAUAUUAAUAGUGAUGGGAAGCUUGAGGUCGUGGUUCCCUCUUUUGUUCACUACCUUGAGGUUCUAGAAGGUGCUGAUGGGGACAAAAUGCCAGGCUGGCCUGCUUUUCACCAAUCAACUGUGCAUUCUAGUCCUCUUCUAUAUGACAUUGACAAAGAUGGGGUGAGAGAAAUAGCUUUGGCAACCUACAAUGGUGAAGUGCUGUUUUUCAGGGUUUCGGGCUAUCUAAUGUCAGAUAAGCUAGAGAUCCCACGUAGGAAGGUGCUAAAAGAUUGGUUUGUGGGCUUGGAUCCUGACCCAGUGGAUCGUUCUCACGCUAAUAUUCAUGAUGACCAACUUGUCCAAGAGGCUACUAUCAAGAAUUCUAUGUCUCAAAUGAAUGGAAGUAGACAUGAAGCUAAAUCUUCAGUGGCCACAUCUACCGAGAACCCCCCUGACACAAAAAAACAGUUUAAUUCUGAGCCAGAAAAGAAAGUAAAUGGAAGUCAAGUAGGUGAGAGCAUUAAGGUGUCUAAUCUUGAGCCGGUGGUAAAGAAAAUAAAUGGAAGUGAAGUAGAUGAGAGUUUGAAGGUGCCUAAUCUUGAGCCAGAAAAGAAAAUAAAUGGAAGUCAAGUAGAGGAAAGUAUUAAGGUGCCUAAUCUUGAGCCAGAAAAGAAAAUAAAUGAAAGUCAAGUACAUGAAAGUAUUAAGGUGCCAACAAAUGUUGAUAAUUCCUCUGUGAAUGCUGGGUCUCUGGAAACGGUUCACACAGAAGAUAAGACCAGCACUGGGAGACGUUUGCUGGAAGAUAACAAUUCCAAAGAAGCAAAGCAAGGUGUUUCUGAAACAGAGGGUAUUCAUGCUUCAACUGUGGAAACUGAGGAAGUGUUGGAAGCUGAUGCUGAUUCAUCUUUUGAGUUAUUCCGCAAUAGUGAAGAGCUGGCUGAUGAGUAUAGCUAUGAUUAUGAUGAUUAUGUUGAUGAAACAAUGUGGGGUGAUGAAGAAUGGAAUGAAGUUAAGCAUGAUAAAUUAGAGGAUCAUGUAAAUGUUGACUCUCACAUCUUGUGCACUCCUGUCAUUGCAGAUAUUGACAAUGAUGGUGUUUCAGAAAUGAUUGUUGCUGUUUCUUAUUUCUUUGAUCACGAGAGCUGCUGGUUCAAUGUGGGUAGGAUGGACAUGCAGCAGCGUCAGCGGAAAAUGCCAGCGUCCGCUGUAGCGACAGCAAUGUCACCGGCAGCAGGAGUGUCAGCUGUGUUAGCGGCAGUGACAGCUGCUGCGGUAGCGGUAGUGGCAGCGGCUAUAGAAGUCGGUCUGCACAAUAGUGAAGGAGAGGUUGUGGGCUCAAUGUGGGUAGGGUAUCCUAAGUCAAUAUUCUGUUCUAAUGUUCGGUUUGAGUUGGGUUGUUUGUUGCAGCUCUUUUUUCUGAAAGAAAAAACACUUGGGCUCACUACUGGUGGAAAAAUAAGAAAAGAAGGAUGAGCGGAUAAUGCUAGCGUCCGCAGUAGCGACAGCAAUGUCAUCGGCAGCAGCAGUGUCAGCUGCGUUAGCGGCAGUGACAGUUGCAGCUGCUGCGGUAGCGGCAGCGGCUAUAGUAGUCGGUCUGCACAAUAGUGAAGGAGAGGUUGUGGGCUCAAUGUGGGUAGGGUAUCCUAAGUCUAUAUUCUGUUCUAAUGUUUGGUUUGAGUUGGGUUGUUUGUUGCAGCUCUUUUUUCUGAAAGAAAAAACACUUGGGCUCACUACUGGUGGAAAAAUAAGAAAAGAAGGAUGAUUACACUUUUCACUUCUUGGGUUGGGUCCAUAGCUUAUUCUCUUUUAGUUUCCCACCUCCAUCUUUGUUAUUUCGUUGUUUCUCGUGGCCUCUGCUGCCACUACUCCUUCGUUUCCUUAGGUGCCGCCUUGUCACUCCGUUUGCAAUGCUAUUCCGUGACACCCAAAGUAGCAGCGAUGGGCCACCAUGAAAAACCCGCAUUGCCACCACCAUGUUGUUAUUGCAAGGCAUAACUCCACCACCAAUUUCUUCCAUGGUGUUGCAGUAGAUUUUUUAUUACACUGUCUCAACUUAAUCUGUAUGGACAGGCUAUAGAGGGAAAGGAAGCCGAGUUUUGUGAAGGGUGUUCUAGGGUUUUGGCAUCACGUUGUGGCUUUAUACAUUAUCAAAUAGCAAAGAGUGAAGAGUGUAUUGUUAUUAUUAUUAUUUUGUUCUGGGUAGAACAAU